GCCACAGCCAUUCUCCACCGGGCCGAUAUUCCCACGUCCAGACUUGACCCACGCAGCUGGACCUACGGCAUUCCGAGCGACGCCCAAAAUCGAACCAGCAUCGCUCGAUUCAAUCUCCAAGUAUCAAAUACUCUCAGCACCGAGGACCGGCUGAGCCUGGAUGCACCCCAGGUGGAUGUCAUCAAUGGAUCGGUCUUUGACUGGUGGUACUUUGAUGCGGUCUCGGAUACCAACUCUCGCGAGUCGCUCGUCGUCACAUUCUUCACCUCCUCUGCUGUCGCGUUUCCAUUUCUGGAUGCGACGGAGUCCUCGAUUUUCAUCGCCUAUUUGUGGGCGUCGUUUACCAAUGGCUCAACUUUUGCGGCCUUUGUCCCUGCGACCGUCGCCACUGUCUCUGGUAGACAUGGUGCCCGCACCCCGAGUUCCGGGCAGUGGGCCUCGACCGGGUUCAGUUGGACAGCCCCCAAGGAGGACCUGUCCCAGUAUGAGGUACGCAUUGCGUCGGGGAAGAUGCAGGUUGAGGGACGGUUUACAUCGACAGCGCAUGUUCCACCCCAGCUGCCCUGUGGCAUUCAUCCAGGAAGAAACUCGCUGGAGGUUGCUCCCCAUAUUGGAUGGGUGAACCUGAUACCUGAUGCCAUGGGCGUCGUGAUCAUGACGAUCCGGGGUUCAUCGCUGCAGUUCCGGGGCCCGGCCUAUCACGACAAAAACUGCUACCUUGUCCUGGAUGAUCCCACUUCCACCACCUACAUCAGUAGUUACGUGGCCAAGGAUGGAAAAGUGCUCGUCUCCUCCUGCAAGCCUUCGCUUUUGACAGUCCGUCCAGUGGGUAAACCUUGGACUACGGGCGAGCGGUACCCGCCUCGCGUUGUAGAUAUGCCCGACAAGUUCCGGCUAGAGUUUGACCUGGGACAGGCCAAUGAAUGGCUGAGGAUCAAUGUUUCAAUGGAGACACUUGUGGCAGGUGACAAUGAGUAUUACAUGCGCUGGACAGGAGCUCUGACAGGAGAGAUAGUCCGGCUGGAGAGUGAAUCGUCUCAAGAGGCUGGUGCCGUCACGAGAGUCAGAGAUCAUGUGGGAGCAGGGUCUGCGACAAAGAAUUUCUCUCUGGCCGGGGUCGCAGUUCUCGAGCCGUUUGCGAUGGUGCCGUAA